GUUCCACGCGUGCAUGCGCACAACAUACAGGCGUAUUAUUCCAGCCUUCAUCGCACGCGUUAACCCGGGCUAUACACUCGCACGUGCUUAUACGCCGAGCGAACGGUACUCUCCUCGCUCCUCUUCCUUUCCUCUCUCUCUCUGUCUCUCUCUCUCUCUCUCUCUCUCUCUCUCUCUCGAAGAAAAAAAGCGAGGAAGGAAGAGCUCUCUCGGGCUGUUGUUGCCGCAAGAACUAAGUGAUUCGCGAGGAGAUGGAAUAGUUAGUUUUUUUCCUGCUUCCACGGAGGAAGGGCGUGAAGAAUCAAAGAGAGGGGGAGAAAACAGCGUCCGCGUGCGCGCGCGGUUGAUGCUCCUCGGCGCAGUGCUUCGGCAGCCGGCUUCGGAUCCGCUCGUGAAUUUAUCGAGCCGUCUUGUGCUCCGGAGUUUUUCACUUCUUGAGGUUCUGAGUGUUUCAUCGAGAGUUUUGGAUUGAUUGCGGGUCAGGAUUCGUUUUGUCAUGGACAGAACGAGGCUGGCGUACGUGAGCGCAGCGGUGGUCGGCGCCGGCACCGCCGUUUUCUUCGUCUGGUGGUGGUGGACGAAACGUCAUCAGCGUCACCGGCCACCUUCCAAGUGGCGCAAGGUCGGCGAGCUCAGUGAUCUCAUCUGCUUCCCGGUCAAGUCUCUCGGACCAAUAAGGGUCAACUCCAUGGAGUGCACUAUGCUGGGGCUCAAGUCUGGAUGGAUGAGGGACAGGACACUGAUGGUCAUCGAUCUGGACGGGCAGUUCGUUACCGGUCGUCAGAUGCCCAGGAUGGUUCAGGUAUCGCCGAGCGUCGCAGGCUCGGUGCUGACUCUGAAAGCCCCGGGCAUGAUGUCCGUAUCCGUGGACCUGGCGCGUCUGCGGGGCCGCUUCCGAGCGGCAGUUUGGGGCCAGGCGGUACCAGCUUGCGACUGCGGAGAAGAGGUCGCCCGUUGGCUCUCCCGUUUCCUUCUCCAGGAGGACACGGGACUGAGACUGGUGUACUAUCCACUGGAUAAGCCCUCGCGAGAGGUGCGCAGUAAAAACCAAGUGUUUCCGCUCACGGACAGCAAGGAUACGGGCGCAUAUCCAGAUGCCACGAGCUACACGCUGGAGAACGAAGCGUCGAUCGCCGAUCUGAAUACUCGGAUAGAGGAGCCGGUGACACCACUGCACUUCAGGCCGAACUUCGUCGUCAAGGGCGCCGAGCCUCUCGAGGAGGAUACCUGGGAUUGGAUCAAGAUCGGCAACGUCGUCUUCCGCAACGUGAAGCCCUGUACACGUUGCAUUUUCACGACCGUCGACCCCGAGACCGGCAAGAAGAAUCCCAAGAUCGAGCCUCUGAAGACGCUCAGGAAGUACCGCGAAAUUACCGAUCCGGAAAUUCGACCGCAUACUCUGGGCAGUCCCGUGAUGGGGAUCCAUUUGGGUCUUCGUGGUCCUAAUGGGAUCGUGCGUCUGGGAGAUCCAGUCUACGUUGGGGUACCAGAGGAGCCUGAGCCACCUUUGGUCUCGCCGCCAUAGCAUCACCGAUGGGGCUCUUGCUACGACGAGGACGAUCUUUUCGUCUCGUAACGGGACGGAAUCGCUUCCGCGUAGCAGCAGCAGCAGCUGUUUUUGUCGCGCGAGUUACUUUUGCUAUAGGUGGUUUUAACGGUGAAGCGCAGUCGGAAGAUGAGGAAUCGUCGUAGAGUUUAAUGCGAGGCUAUAGUAAUCUUUUUAAAGUCGAGGUUGAAUGAGCGGAGCUGAUUUAUUUAUACUCUUUUGUUAUUUUCGUAUUAUAGGUCGUUUUUGAAUUUCUACUCGAUUGUUAUAGUGUGCUUAUAUAUAGAACACUAUAUAUAUAUAUAUAUAUAUAAUAAAAUAAUUUUUGGCGAGAUUCGAUAAAUGGAAUUGAAAAGUGUUGCUCUUACUAUAAUCAAAUAAUUGACCAAACACAGAAAUGAAAAAUAUAACGAUGUGUUAUACGUAUUUGUUGAUAAUAUAUCCAUAAGACUAUGAAUAAUAUAACAACGAAUUUAAUAAUUGUAACAAUGAUAGACAAAUUCUACGAUUCGUAAAUAAUACUCAAAUUUACCCGUAAUCACUGUCUAGAGUAAGUUUGAAACUAUACUUUUGCAGUAUAAUAAAAUAUUAUCGAACUUUUUAUGUGAUAUAAAUAUGUGAAUUGAUUUCUUUUAAAUAAGUAUUGAAUAUAUCUUUUUGAUUCUUUACGAUAUUAAUGAAUUUUGAUAAAAACGUAUAAAGUCAAUACUUUUGUACAAAAAUAUAAGUAUUGCAAUUGAUAAAGCAUAAUCCAAAUUAUAGGAAUACAGUUAUGAUAAAAUUAUACAAGGAUAUUUAGAUUCUCUCUGCAUGUAGCAAUAUUCUAAAUAAAAACUAGUAUUAAAAUUCUUAUUAUAAUAAAAUUUAUUUACACUACAAAAUAACAAAGUCGAUGUACAUGAAGAAACAUUUCAUACAAGAUUAUCCUUUGUCAUGCGAUUCCAUCCAAACCAACACAAUUAAUGCAAAAUCCCAUCCGUCGAUUCGCAGGACACAAGGACAUAAAGUAAAAUAACUACAAUGAUUUAUCGCGAACUUUACAAUAAAAAAUAAAUCGCGGAUUAAGCAAACUUAAACAUUCUUUUCUGGGCAAGGUCUGAGCACGUAUUAUACAGACAAUCGAUCCUUUAAUCCCUUUUAAUUCCUAAUUGUGGUUUUCAAGUAUUUGUUUAUAGUCGGCAGCUGUAGACAUAAAUGAAAAAUCCUGUUCAACAACAAAACGCGCUUUCCUUAUCCUGAUAAAGACAUUUCAACAGCGUUUUAGGAAUGUAAAGUGUCGGAGAGGUUUUUAUGUAUAAAAUACAAUGUUCGGCCGUGUAUAGCAUAUCGAGCGAGAAAAAACUUUAACAAUGAUUAUUGUACAAGUUUUUUUAUUAAAAAUUAAUAAGAUUUAUAUUACAUAAAACAAAACUGCGUAACUCCAUAAAAUAUUACAAUUUCGAAACGACUUUCUCCGUAGAUAUUCAUUUGAAAUGCAUUGAUUCUCUAACGAUGUACAGGUCUGUGACAAAAAAAAAAAAUUCGUCUUCGACGCGUCUCGUUUAACAAACAAUCAA